CAUCUACUCCACCCGAAUAGCUGCUGCAAUGCCGGUGCUAUUAAUGACUGGAAAAGCAAACAAUGGCCAAUGUUGAAACAGAAAUGUUGCUGAGCAGCACCUGACCUUUGACCUACCGUGCGUAUGUAGUUGUGCAUGCGCCCACUUUUAAAUGCAGUGGAGCUUUACAAUGAACAACGGUGUGUUCACUCUCGUCUUCAUGUGUAAUUAAGUGCUGAAGAUAAAGUUUAAUAUGGGCGUUUGUUAACGACAUAUGUGAUUGUCUGACCACUCACAAACUCUGUUCUUUUGUUUUUGCCUCUUAGCAGUCGGGUUGGUGGAAACAAAAUAUCAUCAUCAUACCCAAAAGUAUUAAUAUAACUGUCGACUGGCACUGUUGGAUUGUUCUUGGUAGUUCUAUAUAUGAAUCUGCUGUCUUUAUUUCUGUUAUUUUGUGUAAUGGUACUAGGCGCUUUGUUUAUUGUGUUUGUGUGUGAAAAAAGACCUAAUAACAAAACAGCCACAUGUAGUCAAUGGCCAGAACUAUGAAACAAAGUAGUAGGGGCUCUCCUUUUCCAUUCCAUUAGAGGUUUGGGGUCAGUAACCUCCAGGGGUUUUUAAGGAGGACCCAGGGGUUUCCCAGCUAAUGCAAAAGAGCUCAAGUUAUUCCCUUUAGAAACAAAGUACUUUCUUUUGCCCAACGCAAUACGUCCAUGCAACGUCGCUGAGCCCGCCCCUUUUUGUACACUUUUCUCUACAACUGUAGCACUUUGGGUUGUGAUAAAUAUACUUUGUAAGUCUGCAGGAGAGACCCGAAGAGAUAGGAAGUGCUUUACCAGACAGAAAUAAAGGAAAUGCUGUAUGUGAUGCUUCAGUCAGGCCGGUUGCACAUGAGCUCAGAAACGUCUAAAACAAAGCAAUGUCCUCCUGACUCCUGUACAGGGCUGGACGGUAAACACAAGGACGGCUACUGGCGUUUUGUUUACCCCAUCAAAGUCUCUUCAGAUUCAGACAUCUCAGUGAUCACUUUUAUCUUCAUAUCACCAGAAAAUGAGUAAGGCGGUUGUGACUUCAUUUGAAGCAAUCACUUCCUGUUAUGUGAUAUUACAUAGCACUGGGUGCAGUGUGCAACUGUCCUGCGCAGCGAUUUCUUAUGCCAAAUAUAGUGACGGAAUAAAUAGUUUCACCACCAAUCACUGUGUUCAUACACUCACACAGAAACUGCUGUUAUGUUUAUUUGGUAGGGGCCUUGCAUAUUCUUAAAACCAAGAGGCUUCAUCUGUAGUCCCUGGACAAAUGUCACGCUAAAAAAACACAAGAUUAAAACUACAAAGUGAUUCAUCAUUUAUAAGCAUGCAGAGAAUAUGAAUACAAGUAGAAACAUCAUUCAGGACACCCUUUAUAUACUGUCAAGUACUUUUAAGACAUGCAACACAGAGGCUCAUGAAGCAACACAUGCAAAGCAAAUACAUGAGGGAUAAUUAAGUUGGUAGAUACAUGGACUAAAGACAAAAUUAUGCUGCAUUGUUUGACAAUAAAAAACAUAUCGAUCUUGCACAGCAGAACAACGAUAAAAUGCAGGUAGAUGGGGGACAAGGACAGACAGGUGACAGACCGAGGGAGGUUCAGCGGGUUGAGGACAGUAAGGUGCCGUUACGGUCAAGUGCCGACAGCUUUACGUCUUUGACAUUAAGCUAUGUAGAUCACACAAAAGGAAACUACUUCUCAAAAUGAUGUUGUAGGCUAUUCCCCAAACACACCUCUCCCUAAUGGAUUUAAGGUGGAACUAACUGACACUGAUGCUUUGCUGCAGGCAACCCAGAAAAUAGGGCCUAUUUAAUAGGUUACAUAGUAAUUUUGUUGUGGGCUUUUUUGUAAUAUUUUGAAAUAAUAGUAUUUAAAUGGUGUAAGUAAAUGCAAGUAGAAGUAAUACAUUUGUCAUUUUUUAAAUUCUGUCAUUUUGGGGUGCCCCUGUGGAUGCAUACCUAUCGAGGUGUAAGAGAGGUAGACUUGUAUCAUGGUCUCUCCACUUCAGCCCUUAGCCAAACAUUGAGUCGCAUGUGAGGAAAUGUCCACAGACAGCCUAAGUAAGACCAGUUGCCACCUCUCUGUAGGUAAGCCCACUUACGUGACUGAGGUUAUGUGGAAUGCAGUCGGUCUCCCUCGCCCUCCCACCCUCACAGGCCCCCUCUAGUUUCCUCCAAACAGGAGGCUCCAUUCAUCACGUGAUGAGAUACACGGUCUCUGCUUAGAUAUACAGAACUCAGAGGUUUAAAUGAGACGUUUGGAUUCUUUUGACAUUUUUAAGUGUUACAGAUUUGGAGGGCAAGGUUCUGCACUGUCUGGCCAGACCUCAGCUAAAGGGCAAAAGGAGUUGCAUAACAUAAUGGCUUCCCACAUUCCAUUUCCUAAAAAUCUGCUCUCUGAGGCUGGAAAGCAACCUCGGGGUUGUGGCGCCAUCUAGUGACAGACUGAUGUAUUUAUUGAAACCAUUGUUUACAAAACAGCCCAGGAAAAAGCACAGUGGCAAAGAUGAAAUGUUUUAUACAUGCGAUACUUUUUUUUUGUCAUUCCUCAUAAUGCUUGUUUUUGUUUUUUUUUUCAGCCCUGAGUCAGUUGAAGCAAGCCCUGCCGUGAAUGAAAAAAACUACAACAACCACAGCUGUGGCAGCGCACAGGAUCAUGGGUAUCGGGGACUACCAUAUGCUAUGCAACAGUCUUCCGUUGUGUGUUGUCAGGAUCACAACUAUGGCGCGCCCCCUCCCCCCACCCCACCCGCCUCCCCGCUCUCCCAAACCAUCAUUCCCCGCAUGGACCUCAACGGAGUCGUACGCGGCUCCCGCUACCAUGACGCCACCGAGGACAACUCGGCCGACAGCGACAGCUCCUCAGAGGAGGACGGGGUCGUGGCCGGCUGGUGUCACUGCAGCCUAACGCCGGACGGCCUGCUCAUCAAGUGUGACAACUGCAGGGGACUCGACAGGAGGAAAGGAGCAGAAGGCCAACACAGAAAACCAGAAAAUGUCUCCGCUGGAGAGAGCAGUGCCACCGAGAGUGGUGACGAAGAGGUGUCUCCCUCCACCAUCUCCUACACCGCCACCCAGCAUACGCCCACCAGCAUCAAACUCACCGUCAACCGGGUCAAAAGGAGCAAGUCCAAAAAGAGAAAGAAGAGCACAGAGAAGGCCCGCGGAGCACAGAAGGGCAAGAAAGUCAAGGCUUUCAGAGAGGGUUCUAGGAAGUCCAUGAGGAUGAAGAACUCAACAACGGAGGCCAGCGUGCUGGAUGAGAACACGGCAGAGGGAUGGGAGAGCAAGAUCCGCCAGUGGACGGACCAGUACGAGGAGGCUCUGGUCAACCAGUACAGCGCCGACGUCCAGACACUCCUCCAGCUUCACCGCGCCGCCAGCACCACUGUUUCAAAGGCAGAGAGCAACACGGCGGUGCCCCUCGCCACCACACAGAUCCACGCCUCAGUCGACGCCAUGGACACCAUCAACCGCACUGAGCUGGCCUGUAACAACACUGUGCUGGGCUCACAGAUGCAGCUCCAGUUGGGGCGGGUCACACGAGUGCAGAAACACAGGAAGAUCCUACGCGCAGCUAAGAACCUGGAACCAGACACACUCAUCAUUGAAUAUCGGGGCAAGGUCAUGCUCAAACAGCAGUUUGAAGUCAACGGGCACUUCUUCAAAAAACCCUACCCCUUUGUGCUGUUCUACUCGAAGUUUAAUGACGUAGAGAUGUGUGUCGAUGCAAGGACCUUUGGAAAUGAUGCCCGCUUCAUCAGGAGGUCCUGUACACCCAACGCCGAGGUCCGGCACGUGAUUGCUGAGGGCAUGAUCCACCUGUGUAUCUACGCCGUCAGUCAUAUCACAAAGGACGCUGAGGUCACCAUUGGAUUUGACUACGAGUUCAAUAGCUGUAAUUACAAAGUGGACUGUGCCUGCCAUAAGGGCAAUCAGAACUGCCCGGUGCAGAAGCACAACCUGAGCCCCAGGGAGAGCUUGCUCAGCGCCCCCUCGCUGCCGCCGCCCUCCGCUCUGGCAGGUGCCGAGACCCGGCGGAGAAAAGCCCGAAGGAGAGAGCUAGAGAGCGGCCUCUCCGGUGACAGCAACCAGACCCUGAACCAGCACCAGGAGGCCAAAGAACUGCAGGGGACCAGUGACACAGAGGAGAGACUGCUGGAUGAGCUGAAUGUGGAGGAGGGAGAGGAAGGAGAGGUGGAUGAAAACGGGGUGGCCAUCUCCAGUAAAAGGACAUGCAACAACCUGGAAAGGAGGCGCAAGAGAGUGGGAGGAGCAGAAGUCAAGGAGGAGGGCGUGGAAAGUGAGGACGGGGCGGGAAACCCCGCAGGGAACACUCCUACACCCCACAAUGUCGGAGUGGGGGUCAGCACACGACGCUCCAGCUAUGUGAUGGACGCGCCGUCUACUGAAGAAAAGACCUCAUUACCCAACCUGCCCGCUUCCAUCGCCCCGCCUAAACCCGCACGACCCACCAAGCCUCGGCCCAAAAGUCGGAUCUCUCGCUACCGGUCUAGUUCGUCCCAGCGAGCCCGGCGGCAGCGCCAAGCCCUCGCCCAGCAAGCAGCAGCAGCAGCGGCAGCAGCCGCUGCGGCAGCGAUGGCAGCAGCCCCGUCAUCAGCCGACCAGGGUGCUUGUCUGGAUGAGGAGGGAUCUCAGGGCCCGUAUGGUUCUGAACACGGCCACGGAGAGAGCAGUCUGGGGGGUCAUCUCCUAGACGGAGACGGCCAUGGUCUAAACUGUAUAAAUAGAGGCAACCUGCGUUACCCCAAGACCAAGAAGUACCUGGUGACAGAGUGGUUGAAUGACAAGGUCCCUGGAGGGGAGAAGGUCCACCAAGAGGUGCCCGUUGAGCGCCCGCUACGGAUAACCACUGACCCCACGGUGCUGGCCACUACCCUCAACAUGCUGCCAGGCCUCUCCCACUCGUCGCUCAUCUGCACCGCGCCCAGACACUAUGUCCGCUUCGGCUCCCCCUUCAACCCCGAGAGACGGCGGCCCCGCCCGCUCCAAAUGGACGGCACUUACGGCUGCUACAAGAAGAGAUGGAUAAAGCAGGUGGAGGAUGAGAGCUGUUCAGCCAGUGUGGAGGAUGGCACAGAGUCCACCUCCUCCCAGCAAAGUACCAGUAGCAGGUCCACCCCCAACCCCCUGUCCAGCGAUGUCAACGCACCGUUUAAGAAGCGCCGCUCUAAGUACGCGGCGGAGACGACGCCCGCACCCUCGGACCACCUGCUUCGCCCGCUGUCGCCCAUCACGCCACCGCUCCCGGGGGACUCCCUCCACCCACCGCUCCACAACCCCUGCGGCUCCCUGCUGCCCAACGGCCUGGUCUACUCGCCCAUGCCCUCGCUGCCCGCCAGCCGCUGCAACACGCCGCUGCAAUUCGAGAACAUAUCGUCACCUGAGGCGUCUCCUGUUCACCGACCACAGUCCAUCUCUCCCGAGCUGUGUCUUCAGACAGACUUUGACAUCCCUCGUCCUCAGUUCCCCGAUCUGUCCCUCCCCUCCAGCUUGGAGAGCUCGGUGGCGAUGACCUUGGAUGACUUUUCCCUCCCUGGAGGCCCUUCAGGCCACGACUCCCAGGGUCCAUCAUCUGUAGGGACAUGCUCCCUGAACCCAGCGUCCUGUCCUUCCUCAGACCUCACCUCCCAAAACAGGGAGCAGGCCUUCAGGACAGAGUUCAACCUCAUAUACACCUGUUCGCCCCUCAACGCAAACCUGGGCAACCCCGUGGCCUCCGACCGCCACCUCUCCCAGUCUGAAGGUGGCUUUUCCCCAGCGGAGUCCUUCCACAGCUCCAUAAGCGGCCAGGGGCCGCUGGGAGACGCGGGCCCCGGCUCCACGUCGCCCUACGGCGAGCCUCACUAUGGAGGAGGCUACCCGGAUAGUGGCACGCCUCCUCACACCAGCAACCCACCGCAAAAGAAGAAGAGGGCCAACCAGCAUACCAUUAGUCUGCUGACAGGGAAGCCAGAUUACCAGGCUAUAGCUGUAAGAAGUGAAUACAAGCCAGUACAAAAUAUGGUGUCUUUGCUGGAGUACCGCAAAAGGAAGCAGGGGGGUGGCCGCGACUCGGAGCCGGUCUGCGGAGGCUCGUCACUGGGCAGCACCCCCACCCGGCCCUGCUCCCACUACAGCCAGGACUCCCACCACCCCCACUGCCAUCAGCAGAUGCAGCCGACAGCCUCCCCGCACAGCUCCUUCUCCUCCUCGGCCCACGCCUCCUCCAUCCCGCAGAUAGAGAAGGUCAGUCCUCCAGACCACCAGGGCUCGUCCCUGCAGCCCAGACACCAGGACAGCAACAACCAGUGGAUGGUCCCCACUACUGUUGAACGCCUAAGGGAAGGUCAGGGGGUUCUGGAGCGAGUGCUAAGAAGUAUCAAGAUGGAGCGCGUUUACAAGAGGAGUGACGGCUCUACAGAGAAGGAAUCUGGUAUGACCACGUUUGACACCUCAGAUGCAGAUCGGUAUGAGGUGCAGGCGGCGUCCAUGGCUUCUCCCAUGAAGAGUCCACACGGAUACAGUCCCUCUGUGUACUCACACCAGUCAUCAGAGAGCCACCGGCAGACUGACAGCCCGUCGUUCCUCCAGCAGACCUCCAACUCUCCAUUCCGGGGUUCCUACAGUCCCUCAUCAGGCCAGAGCUUCUACCCACGCCACGUGUCCCAGGACCACCCUCCAUCCUCCUACCCCAGUCGCACCCCCACCCCUACCUCCUCCACCUCCUCCUCAGACUCCCGGCCGCCAGCGGGCUCUCUACACCAGCAGAGUGGCAGCAGUAGCGUGGACGGAGGCCACGGCUACGGCAGCAGCCACUUAAAAGCGAGUCUUUUGAACAGCAGUGGCUUGGUGGGGGCUCACAGCCCGGGACCUAGGCCCCACGGGCAGACUAAGACAGACUCGGGCACCCAGGCCUGCAGAGGGAGUCAGCAGCAGGCGUCUCGCAGCCUGAAGUCGGGCAGCCCGGGCCAGGCAGCGCUGCAGGCUGGUUCCAGGCUGCUGCCGGCCAGCGGACUGACACACUACCCACAGAGAGGGACGAGCCUCAGUCAGUUCCAGCACUCCCCCCUCCAGGGACCCGGAGUAAGGACACAGUCAGGAAGCUUUUAGGACCUUGUUCAAGUGUGUGUGUGUGUGUGUGUGUGUGUAUGUGUGAGUGUGUGCUCGUGAGUGUGUAUGAAGCUGCGUACCUCCUCAACCCCUAAAGCUGCGGUGACAUGGGGCUCAGGGAGUUUGGGGAGGGGAAAUGUACAGACCUAAGAGGAGCAAGGACUUCUUUACGGAUUUCUCCUUUUCUUAUUUUCUGUCUUUUCUUUCUUUAUUUUCAGAAAAAAGAAAACAAAUGACCAGAUUCUGCACAAAGCUAAUCAUUGACUUUGGACAUCAUUACAGAAUGAGUGGAAAAAGUGAUUUGGAAAACGCGUUCUGGAAAAACAACAAAAAAACAAACAAGAACUCACGUGUAACUUGAAAUUGUCCCCAGUGUUUCCUCAUGUGCCGGACUGUGCAAACAGGCUCUAUAAUGUCAGAAAGUAAAAACUUCCACACAAAUGUCUGUACAAAGUUAUAAAAAAAAGCCGUACCUGUCGCCAUGGUACCCAGGUUGGAUAAAUGCUGAGACGCAUAUGUAACUGAAAGCAAGAGUUGUUUUAUUUUUUAUUUUAUUAUUUUGUGUCAACGUUACGUUUUUUUGAUUUGGCGAGUGGCCGAGUCUGUGCUGCAGUAAAUAAGUGUUUGAUUUGGAAAGAGGGGAAACGAUUCAAGCGACAUGUUAAUCAUCCGUUCUAAAGAUGCAUUAGAGAGGGAGGACGGGGUCUCCCUGAACAUCAUUCCAUAUUCUCAACAAACAUGAAAACAAACUCUUUUCUCUCUCGCUCUCUCUGUCUCUGUCUGUCUCUCUCUCUCGGUUCUCUGUUGUUCCGUUUAGUUUUGGUUCUCUCAUCCCCACUGGACUGUUUGAUUUCACAUUAGGACUACUUGGCUGUAGACCUCUGAUAUUGUACUUGAGACAUACAGGUCUUAUGAUUCAUGGUGCUGCAUUCUUGUUUUUGUUUUGUUUUUUCAAUAAAUUUGAAAUCCAGUUAAGUUCCCCA